GCCACCGGAGCAGUUCAUAGAGUGCCUGAGGUGGAAGAGGCGCGGAGUUGGCUGUGCAGCUUAUAUUUCAGUACAUUUGUCCUUUUUUUUGGUUCUAAAUCGCCUCUUCACAGACAUGACGAAGCUCUCGGAGGGUGCGAUAGAGGCUCUGUCAAAUGGCACCGGUGGCAACGACGCAGUGCUUCAGUUGGUGAACAUUCGCAAGAUUGACGGGGGAAACGGUCCAGCUCGCUUUCGGGUGAUGAUGAGUGAUGGGCGGCACACUCUGUCCUCCUUCAUGCUCUCCACCCAGCUGAACUGCAUGGCGGAGGAUAACAGACUGGCCCCCAACUGCAUCUGUAUUCUGAAGAGGCAUGUGACCAAUAUACUGAAGGAUGGACGACGGGUGGUGAUCAUUUUGGAAAUUGAUGUCAUCAAGCCAGCUGAAGAUGUUGCUGGGAAAAUAGGUGACCCUACUCCUUACACUGAGGGUCAGUCUAAAGGCCUGCAGUCAGCUCCAAACCCCGAAAGCCGCCCUCCACUUCAGGCACAAAAUAAAAAUGAAAUGAACAGAGGUUUCAAUAGAGACUUUGGGAAGAAGGCCCCAUCUGCUGUGCCUAGUACUCCAGGGGGCAGCUCCAAAGUUGUGCCCAUUGCCAGCCUCAACCCCUACCAGUCCAAGUGGACCAUCCGUGCUCGUGUAACCAACAAGAGCGCCAUCCGUACAUGGAGCAACUCUCGUGGUGACGGCAAACUCUUCUCCAUGGAGAUUGUGGAUGAGAGCGGAGAAAUACGAGUGACUGGUUUCAACCAAGAGGUAGACAAGUUCUACAGCCUGAUCGAGGUUGGCAAGGUCUAUUACAUCUCCAAGGGCUCCCUGAAGAUCGCCAACAAGCAGUACACAUCACUGAAGAAUGACUAUGAGAUGACAUUCAAUGGAGAGUCCACAGUCAUCCCCUGUGAAGACAGCUGUGAUGUCCCCAUGGUGCAGUGCGACUUUGUGUCUAUUGGUGACCUGGAGAACAGAGACAAAGAUGCCAUUGUCGAUGUGAUCGGAGUGUGCAAGACUGUGGAAGAAGUGACCCGCCUCACAACAAAGGCCAACAGAGAAGUGUCAAAGCGGACACUCAGUGUGAUGGACAUGUCUGGGAAGGUGGUGACUGUCACACUGUGGGGAGAGGAAGCAGAAAAGUUUGAUGGCUCUGGACAGCCCAUUGUAGCCAUUAAGGGGGCGAAGCUCUCAGACUUUGGAGGCCGGUCCCUUUCUGCAUCAUUCAGCAGCACCGUGAUGAUCAACCCAGACAUCCCUGAGGCAUAUAAGCUCAGAGGCUGGUAUGACAAGGAGGGCCAUGCCAUGGAUGGACAGUCUUUGACGGAGUUGAAAGGUGGCAGCGGGGGAGGAAACACCAACUGGAAGGCUCUGUCUGACGUUAAGACUGAGCACCUGGGACAUGCAGACAAGGCAGACUACUACACCUGCAUAGCCACCAUAGUGUACCUGCGCAAGGAAAACUGCCUUUACCAGGCUUGCCCGAGCCAAGACUGCAAUAAAAAAGUGGUAGACCAACAGAAUGGCAUGUUCCGCUGUGAAAAGUGUGACAAAGAGUUCCCCAACUUCAAGUACCGUCUCAUCCUUUCUGCCAACAUUGCAGAUUAUGGAGACAACCAGUGGGUGACUUGCUUCCAGGAGAGUGCAGAGGCCAUCCUGGGCCAGAAUGCAGCUUACCUGGGGCAGCUCAAGGACUCGAACGAAACUGCCUUCGAUGAGGUCUUCCAACAAGCCAACUUCAACACGUUUGUCUUCCGCAACAGAGUGAAGCUAGAAACGUAUAAUGAUGAAUCCAGGAUCAAGGCUACAGUGAUGGAAGUGAAGCCUGUUGACCAUAAGGACUACAGCAAGAGGUUGAUCAUGAACAUAAGGAAACUGGCCGCCCAGUAAGAACCUCUGCGAUCUAUGCCAAGUAUUUUGCUUGCUUUUGCAAGUUUUCCUUUGUUUCUGUAAAGCCAACAAACAACUAUACAAGUAUCACAGAUUUUUGCUGAUGAAGCAUUUCUGUUUAGUUUUUUGUUAUUGAUUUACCUCCCUGUGAGUGAGUGAUCCUCAAAGUGGUAUUUUGGAGUACUUAUGGAGUGAAUGUUCACCUUUCCUUUGUGAAAUAAUGAUUGGUAGCCUGAUUCUGGAGAACUUAACAGACAAGGAUUUUUUUUUCGUUCUUUGUUAUUUGAGGAAGCAGAGCGGAGAGUAGGUCAGUAAGCCACAAAAGAAAUCAUCACUGUGUCUGUCUUAAGUCAGCCAGUUGUUCCUGCAUACACUCUGGUCAUGUGGGGGUGGUGGCUGCUUUAGGCAGAAGACCAGCAAAGUAGCUAGCACUCUUUUUCACCCUCUGAUGCGCACUCAGAAUGGCUGGGCUGGACCUGCACAUCCCUGAUAAGACCGUUUACUCUCCCACUCUUUUUUUUGGUCCAUCUCUUACAUACUUGCAAACAUAAGCACAUAUACACAUGCACAAUGCAAGCCUUAUGGGAAAUGUACUACAUUCUAUUUAAGUACAAGGUGUAUUUUCGAAUGCCUGUAAUUGUUUUGUGACUUCUGUAGUUCAGUUCUUUUUUUUCAUGCUAAUUGAUUGUGAGAAUAAAGGUGUUUGAAAUCAA